UCUUGGCGGAAACUGCGCCUCCCAGAAGGCUGCGCGCGUCGUCCUCCUCGCCCUCCCUCAAGGCCGCCUCGCCGUCCCGGUGUGUCCGCCGUCGCUAUGCUGCCCGCCAUGCUGCCCGCCGCUCUGCUGCGCCGUCCGGGCCUGCGCCGCCUGGUGCUCCAGGCGCGCGCCUACGCCGAGGCCGCCGCCGCCCCCGCCGCCGCGCCCGGACAGAUGUCCUUCACCUUCGCCUCCCCGACGCAGGUGUUCUUUGAGGGUGCCAACGUGCGGCAGGUGGACGUGCCUACGCUGACGGGAGCCUUUGGCAUCCUGGCGUCCCACGUCCCCACGCUGCAGGUCCUGCGGCCUGGCCUGGUGGUGGUCCACGCCGAAGACGGGACCACAACCAAGUACUUUGUGAGCAGUGGCUCCGUCACCGUGAACGCAGACUCCUCGGUGCAGUUACUGGCCGAAGAAGCUGUGACGCUGGACAUGCUGGACCUGGGGGCAGCCCGGGCCAACCUGGAGAAGGCGCAGUCAGAGCUGUCUGGCGCGGCGGAUGAGGCCGCACGGGCCGAGAUCCAGAUCCGUAUCGAGGCCAAUGAGGCCCUGGUGAAGGCCCUGGAGUAGGCGGUGCGUGCCUGUCACACGGGGACACUGAGUCCAGGCAGAUGGAAACUGUUCCCUGGAGUCGGCUCGGUUGGUCGCUGUUCGAGUUGCCACCAGGGGGCAGUGGUACUCCAGCCGCUGGCUUACAAAGCUUCCUGGUGCCCGUCUGCCCAGGAGGUCUCUCUGCAGCCUUCCCACAGCCUGGGAUCCCCACGCCGCCCCUGGGUGGCUGGCACUGCUCUCCCCGCCACACCCCCUCUCCAGAGCCACCUGGACGGUCAGCUUGCCCUGGCCUGCCUCCAUUAAACGCCAGGAACCAA